CCUCACUCUCUCUCUCUCUUCCUCUCUCUUUCUCAGCACCAUCUUCACUUCCCCAUUUAUAUUCAUCCCUCACUUCCUCAACUUCACACACCAAUCUCACACUUUGCAAAAAAAACAAAAAAACAAAGACCACCUCGGUCUUCUCUCUAACAAGCAAAAUUUUCAGCUUAGAAUUUUCCAAGACUGUGACUUUAGAGUGAUCAAGAAGACUGAAAACGAUGAUUUCAGAGAAGGAGAAACCGAUUACGAUCCGGGAAGUAUGGGCUGGUAAUUUGGAAUCCGAGUUCGAACUCAUUCGUGACGUGAUCGAUCGGUACCCUUAUAUUUCUAUGGACACUGAGUUUCCUGGUCUUGUUUUUCGACCAUCUGUGGACCCAUCAAAGCCUUAUUAUUACCGUCCUCUUCAGCCCUCCGAUCACUACCGAGUUCUGAAGUCGAACGUCGACGUUUUGAACCUCAUCCAGGUCGGUCUGACUCUCUCCGACGCCGCCGGUAACCUUCCCGACCUCGGAUCCGGCAACCGGUUCAUCUGGGAGUUCAACUUCAAGGACUUCGACGUGGCGCGUGACCCUCACGCUCCUGACUCGAUCGCGUUGCUGAUGCGACAGGGGAUCGACUUCGAGAAGAACAGGGAGGAAGGGGUUGACUCGUCCCGGUUCGCCGAGUUGAUGAUGUCGUCCGGGCUCGUCUGCAACGACUCGGUGAGCUGGGUCACGUUUCACAGCGCGUACGACUUCGGGUACCUGGUGAAGAUCCUCACGCGCCGGAGCCUGCCGAGUGAGCUGGACGAGUUUUUGAAGAUUCUGAGGGUGUUUUUCGGGAACAGGGUUUACGAUGUGAAGCACAUGAUGAGGUUUUGUAACAGCUUGUAUGGCGGUCUGGACCGGGUCGCUAGGACCCUUGAGGUGGACCGGGCCGUCGGGAAGUGCCACCAGGCCGGCUCCGAUAGCCUGCUUACGUGGCACGCGUUUCAGAAGAUGAGGGAUGUGUAUUUUGUAAAUGAUGGACCGGAAAAACAUGCUGGUGUAUUGUUUGGCUUGGAAGUGUAUUAAGAAAUUUAAUUAAUUUAUUUUUAAAAAUUAAAUUGAAUUAAAUUUAUUUGUCCUAAAA